GGGGAGAGUCCCAGGAAAAAGGGGUCCGGAAAGGAAAAAAGCAGCUGGCUCUGCUUUGACUGGAAGGGUUUCUCCGGGAAGAGUGUCAUUCGCAUCCCAGCGCUCCUACGGUUACUUCUAAAGCAGACUUCUUCCCUGUAGACUGGACUUUGUCCAAGGAUUAGGAACAUAGGGAAGAGAGAGAGAGCCUGCUUGUGUGUUUGAGAGCAAGAGUUUGAGAGUUUGAGAGAAAGACAGGAGAGAAGUGUAAAGGGUCCACAGAAGGGCAGAGCAGACAGAGAAGUGUGUGAGUCAGGUGAGAGAAAGCAGCAAAGACUGAACUGACAACCAAGGAGUUCGACUGAAGUCCAAACAUUUUGACAAAGGAUCUCUUUCCGGCGUCUAAUUCUUUUGAAUACACAGUCCUUUGACUUAUUUUCUUAAUCCAGAAAACAAUCCAGAAAGUCAUGGAAGUGGAAACAUCCAGCAUGCACUUGGAGCUGCAGGAGCAGCAUCAGACCCUCACCGAGAUCUCUGACGACGAAGUCAACCUGCCACCGUCGGAUGAUGAGGAAUCUGGUGCCGCCAAGGAACGUUCGUCGGUAGCGCUAGCCAUCUCCGAGGGCGACCAGGACGAAAAGGAAGAGGAUAAAGCGGGCGCCCAGGUGAACGGUGUUAUGGUCCUGGCUUUAUUGGACAAGAUCAUCGGGGCUGUGGACCAGAUCCAACAGACGCAGAGUGGCCUGGAGGCUCGGCAGCAGGACAUGGAGCGAUCAGUGACGGGGAUCCAGGGCGAGCUCACCAAACUGACCAAGAGCCACAGCACCACGUCCAACUCAGUCAACAAGAUGCUGGAGAAGGUGCGCAAGGUGAGCGUCAAUGUGAAGACAGUGCGUGCCAACCUGGAGAAGCAAGGGGGUCAGAUCAAGAGGCUGGAGAGCAACGAGAACGAGCUGCUGAAGAGACGUAACUUCAAAGUCAUGAUCUACCAGGACGAGGUGAAGAUUCCCUCUAAACUGACCGUGUCCAAGUCCAUGAAGCUCCCAGAGCUGGUGGAGGGAGGAAGAGGCAGCGUGCUGGACCUGAAAGAGGGAGUUGAGGAGCACGGAGAGGAGGGAGAAGAGAAGCCCCACUUGGACCUCUCCUCUGACGAGGAGGAGCUGGAGAUCGAGGACGUCAUCGAGGAGUCGCGCACCGAACGCAUCAAGCGCAGCAGCCUCCAGCGCGUGCAAAACAUCAAAAGCGCCUUCUCCAAGGAGAAGAUGGGCUUGACCAAGGAGAAGAUGACCUUGACCAGGGAAAAGAUGGGCUUGACCAAGGAGAAGAUGGCCUUGACCAAGGAAAAGAUGGGCUUCAACAGGCAGAAAACCAAUAAGGAGAAUGUGGAGAAAAUCCCGAAGCCAAACGCCAAAGAGAACUUUGACAAGACCAAACAACACGCCAAAGAGAACUUUGACAAGACCAAAAAAAACGCCAAAGAGAACUUUGACAAGACCAAGCAGAAGACCAAGGAGAACCUGGAGAAGACGCGCCACAACAUCGAGAAGAAGAUGGGCAAGCUGGGCACACGCAUGAGUGUCAACCCCGAGCAGAAGGAGAAGAUAAAGGUGUCGCGGCAGAAGAUGAUGAAAUCCUUUACCCCCGACCACACCGUCUACGCCCGCGACAAGACCGCCGUCUACAAGGUGCCUCCCUUCACCUUCCAUGUCAAGAAGUUCCGCGAGGGCGCCAUGGAGCCCGUGGAGGUCCAGGGGACAGAGAUGGUGGAGGUAUCCCAGGACCUGAACCCUUUUCAGGGACUGGAGGAUGACUGCCAUGAGGGGCGUGUGGAUCUGGACGUGGACGUGGAUAUGAUGAAUGGAGGAGGAGAGGAGGAGGUGAUGGAGGAUGAAGAGGAAGAGGAAGAGGAAGAGGAGGACAGCCAUUCCCUGCAGGAGAUGCACGAGGACUCAGAGCAUGUUCUGGUGGAGCGGGAUAGGGACAGCGACUAGGUGAGGAAGAGGAGGAAGAGGAGGAAGAGGAGGAAAAGGAGGAAGGUGAACAAGACAACUAUGCCCAAUCCCAAAACUGCCCACUAGAACCAAACUCCCUGAGGGCCUUGUGUAUAUCUAAAAAGGACUGGAUAGGUAGAAGCAAUACGGUAAUAGCUUCCCAUUGUCUUCUGAUAGGCUGUAUUUCUUACACCUGUCCAAUCCACUUUACAAAAGUGUCUAGGGGGGAGGGGCUAGGGAUUGAUUUUGGGAUUGGGCGCUAGAGAGGCCAUGAAGAGAAAAAUAAAAGGAAGAAGAAUGAGACAACAAACAACAACAUGGGGUUGGAAGGGAAAGAAAGGGAGAGAAUGGGGGGGUAAGGAAUACAGAAUAAAGUUUCUAUGCCGUGAUAUAAUCCUGAAGCCCAUUAAAAAACAGUAUGGGACUGGAUCCAGGAAGUAAGGCGAAAUGGGCGGUCACUUUCCCAUCGUGUAAGUGAUUAUAAAAUCUCUAAGCACUGCAUUCAUUUAUUCAUAAAUGCUUAUAUCAUUUUACCAACCUACAAACAACCAAAGGUUGACAUAAAGUUUACAGUGACAUGAAUGAUUAUGUAGUGCUUUUGGAUAUUUUAUAAAUAUGUAUUUUGAAGACCUGAUUUAGGCCCCCUAUACGACGAAAGUAUUACUUAAUUAUUGUUAUUAUUAUUAUUCACCCCCCCCCACACACACACACACACUCACACACUUUCCCUAUAGGCAUAUAUGUUGUGAAUUUGACCAGUUCAUGAACACAGUGUCAUUUGGGUGUAUUGUCUUGAUAAAGAUUACAUCUUAUGCCAUCACCUUUUUGCUGUGUGUGAAGAAAGAUGAGAGAAUGAGACCACUGUCACAAAUGAAAUACACUGAGUCUAACAAAGGGGUCUAAGCUCAAAUGAAGGAUCCUAACAUCUGCAAGAAACACAAAAUGUUCAUGAGACGUUCAUGAAACGUCACUCAUGUGCUGUAGGUAGACUACGCACCCAUGUAUUCAUUCACUGCCUGAGUUUUAGAUAUGAAAGGACAUUCUGAUGAAAUCUCGAGUCAUCAAAAGCUCUGUUUUGACGUGACAACAAAGAUAAGGAGCUAUACUAUAAGAUUUCUUCACGAUCCUGGUGGAAAAAUGUAAAUCCUGCCACUGGUGUGCUAUAUAUACCUUGUACAAUAGCAAUCAUUUGUUUUAUCAAUGUUUUAUCAACGUGUCUUAUGUGUUGAGUUGACGGUAGACUAACCAGCCACUUACACACUCAUUUUCCCGACACUUUUUUAACGUCUACUCUCCUUAAGAGUGUUUUGAAGAGGUGCACAACCUAGUGGCAAUGUAUGGUAUUACACAUAGGGACAUUUACAACGCAGCCGUGCUGAGACCAGCAUCUCCUUAAGAAAGCCGCCCAUCAACUACUACUUUUCACUGAUGUAAGAGCAACCCUUAAAUCCCAAUGGGCCGAUACCAAGCACUUGUUUUCUCUAACAUUUUUAACCUGGCUGAUGCAAGUCAACUGUGCUUUGAUUCUCUUGUUGCGUUUAGAAUCAGAAUGUUUUUAAUAUCCGAUUCAACCCUUUUUAGUUUUUAUUGACACAUUGACUUGUUUUGCAAAGAGAUAAUAUAAAGCUGGGGUUCAAUCUAAUCCUGGCCUAAUGUGGGCAUGCUCACAGACUCACAGUCACUGAUUAUUCCAACAGCACAUAAAUGCACCAUCACCGUCGCUAAUGAUCUCAUACAGACAAGUUCUCUAUUUUAAUUUUAAUUUAAUUUUCAACUUUAAUUUUCAACUAAACAGAUAAAUAGUUGGAUCAAUUGAUCGAAGGUGAGGUGAAACAGACUUUUCCUACAAACUGUAACAAAGGGGGAGGCAGUACUUCAGUAUCAGUGAUGUCCUGGGUCUUGUUCAUUGUGGCACAGAACAGAAACAUUUUAAAACGUUUUGCAACAGAACACGGACAUUAGUGUUACUUAUUGGACAAGUCAAGGUAGUCCCUACCUAAAAAGUGCAUUUUCUUUUGUUUGGUGCCUAGAGAACACGGCCCAGGUUUCCAAACCCAGACCUGUAUACUAUACUAUACAUAGAGUACCAGUUGACCAAACCUGUAGUUUCUACCAUUAAUUUUCAUGUAUGUAAGUGUAUAUAAUGUGAAUCACUGCCACAGCAGUGCAACUGCCUUUAUUGCAAAACCAAUUCAUCUUAAUUUGCUUCCACUGUCUCCAAACCCUCUGUGAAAAUACUUGCUUUAACCCCACAGCUAAAGCCUAUGUUUACUAAGACACUAAAGCCUGUUUAACCCCCCCCCCCCACACAUCUCUUUUUCAUGUUGGUUAAAUAAUGCAUAUGAAUUCUGUACCAUGUAAUGACUCAUUCCCUAACCACUAAUACUUUAAUAAAAGCUAUUUGAUUCACAA